AUGGAUGGAAACUUCUUCCAGGGGACCAUUCCAUCCUCUUUGAGUUCACUAAGAGGUCUGGAAGAAUUAUAUCUCCAAAGGAACAACUUGUCAGGGACGAUCCCAGAAUUCUUGGAACAUUUUGAGUUUCUGCAGUCUUUGAAUCUAUCUCAUAACAAUUUUGAGGGCAUGGUACCAGUAGAAGGAAUUCUGAAGAAUGCAACGGCAACAUCAGUCGAAGGUAAUAUUAAACUUUGUGGGGGCAUACUUGAGUUUAAAUUGCCGAAAUGCAAAAUCAAACAUUCCAAAAGGGGAGGAUUGAGCCUAACGAUGAAAUUGAUAAUCUCUCUCAUCUGUGGAGUUUUCGGAGUCAUUUUUGCACUUGUUUUUUUGUACCUUCAUUGUUCCCGGAGGGAAAGGAUGAAGGAGCAUACUAAAAGUGAUUCAGAAAAAUUUCUCAGAGUGUCUUACCAAAGUCUUCUAAAAGCUACUGAUGGAUUCUCUUCUAUCAACUUAAUCAGUAUGGGGAGUUUCGGGUCCGUUUAUAAAGGAGUUCUUGAGCAAGGUGAAACAACAGUUGCUGUCAAGGUACUCAACCUCGUUCAUCGUGGAGCUUUGAAAGUUUCGCAUCUGAAUGUACUCUCAGCAUGUGCGGGAUUUAAUCAUCGUGGUGACGAUUUCAAGGCGCUAAUAUAUGAGUUCAUGGCUAAUGGGAGUUUAGAGGAAUGGUUGCACCCGACCCAGAAUAUCGGUGACACAAAUGAGAAACCAAGGAGUUUAACUUUUUCUCAAAGGCUGAACAUUGCUAUUGAUGUAGCUAUGGCGUUGGAUUAUCUCCACCACCAUUGCCAAACACCAAUAGUUCACUGCGACUUGAAACCUAGCAAUGUUCUUCUUAAUGAUGAUAUGGUUGGACAUGUUGGUGACUUCGGGUUAGUAAGAUUCCUUCACAAAACUACUUCUGGAAAUCAUUCGAGCUCUAUGGGAGUAAAAGGAACAAUUGGCUAUGCUCCUCCAGAGUAUGGUAUAGGACAUGAAGUCUGGACACAAGCCUUACCUGAACAGGUGGUAGAGAUUGUGGAUCCCGUUCUUGUUCAAGAAAUAUUGGAAGGUGAAAUGAGCGCAAACAAUCUUCCUAAUGAGGAUAGCGUUAGGAUUCGCAUCAAAUUUGAGAAAAUCUUGAUUUCAAUUUUAGAAAUUGGUGUUGCUUGUUCUGCAGAGUUUCCUGGUGAACGGUUGGACGUUACUGAUGCCAUGGCUGAAAUGUGUCGCAUAAGGAACAAUCUUUAA